AUUAUGGGUGGGCUCAUGGACAGGAAGUUCAUCACUCAGAACGUGUGUGUACGAGCACAGAAGUGUCUCACACACUGAGCGCAUCGACAUGUUUUUAAAACAAGUUACAAACUGUCUUUUAUUUUUGACUUUAAUUUGUCUCCCACAUACAGAUGCGGAGUCUAUCAGAGCAGAUGAAGGAGCGACUGUCCAUCUGCCCUGCCACUCUCCACCUGAUGACAGUGUACAAGUGUCUGUAAAGUGGACAGAAAAUAGUGCAACUAACAAAAAUAUUUGUGAAUGGACUGGAUCUUCCUCCAGUAAUUGCAUUCCUCGUUUUACAUUAAACAGAACAUCUUUUACACUAAGUAUAGAAAAUGUUCAGCCCAGUGACUCUGGUAAUUACAGCUGUAAAACAACAAGGAUAAUUCCACCACCAUCAUUGGACAACAUCUCAAAUGUGACACUUCAUGUUGCAGCACAUCCAGAUCUGUCCCUGCAGCUCCUGAACAGCAGUAAUGACACCUGUGUUCAUCUGCUCUGCUCUCUGCAGGGUCUGAACCCUGAGCUGGUGAACUUUACCUGGAGCCGAGAGGGUCAAAGGUCACUUCAUCCAUCCACAUCUUAUGACAUGAAGAGUGAGCUGCAUCUGUGUAAACCUGACUGGAGUGAUGGAGACACGAUCACCUGUCACGCCAGCUACUCAAAUAAUCAAACCCAAAAAAGUAUACAACUCACUGCUUCUGACAAAGGAUCUGAUCAUACCCUCUUUGUGACCAUGACAGCUAAGCAGUUAAUCAUCAUAUGCAGUGCUGCUGCAGGCCUCAUCCUCUGCAUCAUCAUCAUCAUUGUUGUUCUUUGCAAAUGUAGAAAGCGAGACGAAAAUGGAUCUAUAGUGUUCAGCAAUAAAGUGUAUGAGAACUUCAGCUUCGCCAUGUCCCGCCAAAACACACCGUCCAUUGCUAAAGCUCAGACAGAAGAGUGUAUUUAUGAGAACUAACUGCUGCUGCUGCUUACAUUAGCUUUGUUUAACGCCAGAUGGGAACAGUUGUUACGAACGAAGUACGCGUGUUACGUAUUUUUCUAAGACAUUUGAUGGUGCACCUUGAAUGUGAACAAAAUGGCCACUUACUGACUUGAAAACUGUAAGUAGGUACUUUUAUGAGUAUUUUUGAAGUUCUCGUUGUAUUUAAGCACUGUAUAGGAGUAGCCUACUAAACUAUUAUGUGCCGUAAAUUAAAUUAAAUUAUAUGAUUAUGAACAGGACUUCAUAUCUGUUUUUAUUAGAUAAUAUGCUGGGGCAUUAUUACAAUCUCACUUUGCACUUUUUGUCAUGUGACUUUUGGUUUUGGUAUGGUGUUUGGACUACAUUUUGUAGUAUUUCAUUUCUUGUAAAAAAUAAAUAAAUAAAUAAAACACCA